GAUAAAACUCAUGGGCAUUUGUCAGGUUGACACCAAAGUUCGGAUGCAACCUGGGAAUGGGUGCUUCAACAGACUAGGAGGAGGUGAAAAUUUCACUUUUUACUGAUAAACUUUUUUAUCUUCCAACCUGUCUAAGGAAAAUAGAAUUCCCUGUUACAGUGGCUAGUUUUUGUUUUAAUCAUUCGUUGAAUACCACGAACUGUUGAAGCUGUAUAAAUACAACCCUGGUGUCUCCCGAAGCUGCACGUGCUGGCAGAGAGACGUCAAGAAGACUUCGUACCAGCCUGACAUCCAAUGGCAACACUUUUAAUUACGAACUUGGAUUUGGAGACCAAUGCAUCGAAACUACUUCACUCUUCCCAUAAUUGUGUAGUGCUUGAAUCAUAAAUUAAAAUAAGGAAUAACUUGAAUUUCGACAAUUCAAGGGUAUUGCAAAAUAUAUAUAUAUAUAGCUGCUAUACUCAAGUUGAAACACUUAAAUGCUUUCCGGAAACUCCCCAGUGCAUGUGUUUGCAUGGUUAGCUAAGUAUGAUGGUAAUUGGUACAGAAAUAACCGCAAGAUUUGCCUUCUAUUAAGAUAAUGAAUCGAUGUAAUUACAAUUAAUAACAAAUUAAAUGCCUUUGAAUCGUAGACUUUGUUUUGUUGCAUAAUGACUGGUUUCUGAGCGUGGACACGCUAAAUAUAUGCUUAGCAAGGUUGAAUCAACCAUUUAGAUGCCAAUUUGAACGAUUGUCCAGAGAAGUACGCACCUAAACCAACCAUGGUUUUUAGUAGUUCAAGUGGCUCGGCAGUAGCGGGAAACGGGAGUGCCAUCUCCGAGUCUGUGGACAGUUACUCCUCCGAUUACAACGACAGCCUUUCUUCGGACCACACUUUCGAUUACUCAUCAAGCUAUUUCUCUUCGUACACCUACGAGUAUCCAUUCUCUUCAACGUGGCUUGCCAUUGUUCCAAUGGUUGUUUCCAUCUUCAGUGUCGUGACGUUCAUUGGAAACCUUUUUGUCAUCCUUGCUUACAUCCGGGACAAACGCAUACGGGCGAGCGUGGCAAACAUCUUCAUCCUUAACCUCGCAAUGACUGAUAUCAUAGUAGGAGCUCUGGUCUGGACGAUCAACCUAUCAUGGCUCAUAAAGGACCAAUGGAUACUUGGCGAGAUCUUCUGCAAGCUUUGGUUGGUGUUAGACUACUCGGUUGUCCUCAUAUCCGUCUGGACAAUGGUCCUGAUAAGCUGGGACCGCUACUGUCUUCUGACGAUGGGUAUGAGGUACCAGACUUUCCAGACCAAGAAAAGAAUUGGUGUCAUACUUGGCUGCGUUUGGGCAGCUACAUUCAUCUGGUACUUCAUCCUUGCGUUUGCAUGGGAUUCUAUAGCAGGAGAAAACAAGAUAGAUUAUACUGACAACUGUGAGAUGGGGUUUGCGGUUAGUUUCUCGGGGACAAUGCUCCAGAACGUGAUCUCAUUCUUCAUACCGUUUUCAGUUCUGAUAUUUUUCAAUCUUGCGGUGUAUGCUAACAUCAAACGUAGAUCGAGGGGUGUCGUAGGGCAGAGUCCUCCCUCAAACAAAUCCAACCAAGCAACACAAUCUACCGGGGUCAGUCAAGAAGGAAUGGGCUCAUCGGAAGGUCAAGGAAACAGUCCUCUCAGGGAUAUGAACGUUGCCGAGUGUUCAGAACCAGGCCCAUCAACUUCUAGUUUUCGUACAACUGUCCAACAUAUCCGGCUCCCAGAAGACAAACCAGUCAGUGGUCGAAUCGCAGUUGUGCCGAAUACAGAAGAAAGAAGUUUUGCAAAGCAUCGCAGAGCUGCGAUCGUCCUGAGCAUCCUCGUGGGUUGUUUUUUGAUCUGUUGGUUACCUAGCCAAGUGUCCACUUUCAUGUACGCAAUCUGUGGAACCGACUGCGUCACCGACUUAACAUGGGAAGUCACAAGUUCAUUUGUUUGGAGUAACUCGACUAUAAAUCCCUUUAUAUAUGCAGCUACAAAUAAGCUCUUUCGUCGUAAUUUCGUGCACAGUUUAUGCCUUGAUCGAUGGAGCUGUGACUUGAAACGGUGCAAAGUCAAGCGCAAACGUUAAUACAUUAGUCCAGCAGUAUGACUGUGGAGCAAGAGGUGAAAACACUUUAAGCAAAAUACUGAACAAUUUCCUGAUUAACCAAUUUUAAUUCUUGGUUAAAGUAACUUAUAAGAAUUUAAAAUUUCUAAUUAGAUAAAUACACGCCAACUCCAAUAUUAGUUAUAUAAUUAUUAGAUUUUGUUAUGUUAGAUGAUACCCGAAAUCUAAUUCCCUUUAUUGACAGAACAUGCUCAAUUUCAUGUUGUUUUGGGGGAUGGGUUACCUGUUAUGGUUGCAUUGCAAAGAGGAAGAAAUAAUAAUGAUUAAAAGAAAUGUAGAUAAUGGGGAAAACAUAUAUUAUUGUAGCUUCAUUAACGCCAUCCUUAUGUACAUGUAUGUGUAAUAUAUUGUAUAUUUCUCAAUUUAUUAUUCUUUAUAUGAAGUUGAUGUGUGCAAUUGUAGUAAUAGAAUGUAUUCUUGUUGGUCGUAAACUUUGUUUAAUUUGUACAUCUAUUACCUGACCCCCUUCUCUCUCUCUCUCUCUCUCUUUCUUUUACUCUCUUUCUCUUUAUAUUUCUUGCAUUUAGCUAUAGCUAUGCUAUAGGGAGACUGAUGGUAGAUUACUGGUAGUGAUAGAUUGAUUUGAUUGUAAUUAAAUGUUGCCAUUAAAAACUUGCAUUUCAUAAUGAUUAGAUUGUAAAUAUUUUUAUUUUGUAAGGAGAAUAAUGCAAAAUAUUCAGCUUUUACCUCCAACGAAAGUUGCAUCAAGGAUUUUAGAACUUUUGAAUAUUUUCUUUAAUAUACAAUACUUCUGAACGUGUUGUUUGAUUUUAAUUGGUUUAUUUCAAUUGUGAAUCGUUUUGCAUAUUGAUGUUUAAAGAUUAAAUGC